AACAAACUCAUACAUCGUGGCAAUUCGGUUGGUUGCACACGUUUUUGCGACAGUUUCAUCAGCAAAAGAUAAAAAAGAUAAUCAAUAAAAUAAAAACCAGUGCGGAGCGUAAUAAAAAUAAUUAAAAACUAAACAUUUCGUUAACGUUGAGCAUUUAGGAAAGUCUUGCCUGAAUACAAUCAUGCCGGAAGAAAAACAGCCAGCUACUAAUGGUGAGGCAGUGCCUGCUGCAGGUGUUGAUGGUGAACCUCCCAAAACGGCAAAACAAUUGGAGAAGGAAGCAAAGAAGGCUGAAAAAUUGGCUAAACUUCAAGCUAAACUAGACAAAAAGGCUGCUACAGCUCCAGCUGCUGCAGAAAAGAAAGAAAAGCCCGAGAAAAAGGUGAAAGAAGUGAAGGAAGCUGCAGUCUAUACUGCCAACACAGCGCCGGGAGAGAUGAAAGAUAUCAGUGGACCUUUACCGGAUGCCUACAGUCCUGGAUAUGUUGAGGCUCAGUGGUAUAGUUGGUGGGAGAAGCAAGGCUUCUUUACACCCGAAUAUGGGCGUUCCAGCAUUUCUGAAGAAAAUCCCAAGGGCAAAUUCGUAAUGGUCAUACCGCCACCUAAUGUUACCGGUUCCCUUCACUUGGGCCAUGCCCUCACAAAUGCCAUUGAGGAUGCUGUAACGCGUUAUAAUCGCAUGAAAGGUAAGACCACUUUGUGGGUUCCUGGCUGUGAUCAUGCUGGCAUUGCGACACAAGUAGUUGUGGAAAAACUGUUGUGGCGCGAGGAAAAACUUACCCGUCACGAUAUGGGUCGAGAAAAAUUCAUAGAAAAAAUUUGGGAUUGGAGACGUGAGAAAGGUUGUAGAAUUUACGACCAAUUGAAGUGUUUGGGUUCGUCGUACGAUUGGUCCCGCGUUGCUUUUACCAUGGACCCUAAACUGUGCAAAGCCGUAACUGAGGCAUUUGUUCGUUUGCAUGAAGAUGGCAGCAUUUAUCGUAGCUCGCGUUUGGUUAAUUGGUCUUGCACUUUACGUUCUGCAAUUUCCGACAUUGAAGUAGAUAAAAUCGACAUUCCCGGUCGUACCUUCUUUUCCAUUCCUGGGUAUGAUGAGAAAGUGGAAUUUGGUGUGCUUGUUAAAUUUGCCUACAAAGUUGAGGAUAGCGACGAAGAAAUUAUUGUGGCCACCACACGCAUUGAGACAAUGCUUGGAGAUACUGGUGUGGCUGUACAUCCCAAGGAUGAACGCUACAAACAUUUGCAUGGCAAAUUUGUUAAACAUCCCUUCUGUUCGCGUCGUCUGCCAAUUGUAUGUGAUGAAUUUGUGGAUAUGAACUUUGGUACGGGUGCUGUCAAAAUCACUCCAGCCCAUGAUCAAAAUGAUUACGAAGUGGGCAAGCGGUGUAAUUUGCCUUUUAUAACCAUCUUCAAUGAUGACGGUUAUAUUAUUGGAGACUAUGGACAAUUCACUGGUAUGAAGCGAUUCGAGUGCCGCAAACAAAUUUUAAUAAAGCUAAAGGAGCUGAAUUUGUAUCGGGAGACUGUCAACAAUCCCAUGGUGGUGCCAUUCUGCAGCCGUUCCAAGGAUGUGGUGGAGCCCAUGAUUAAGCCACAAUGGUAUGUUAAAUGCUCAGAGAUGGCUGAAAAAGCAACUGAGGUUGUACGUUCUGGUGAGCUCAAGAUUAUUCCUGAACAUCAUACAAAAACUUGGUAUCACUGGAUGGAUGGCAUUCGUGAUUGGUGUGUGUCACGUCAAUUGUGGUGGGGUCAUCGUAUACCAGCAUAUUUUGUCACAUUCAAUGAUCCUGCUAUACAAUCUGGUUCCUCAGAUGACGAGGCCUACUGGAUUGUGGGCCGUACUGAAGAAGAGGCUUUGGCUAAAGCCGCUGAACGUUUCAAGGUUGAUGUCAGUAAGAUUGUGCUGAAGCAAGAUGAAGACGUUUUGGAUACAUGGUUCAGUUCGGGUCUGUUUCCAUUCUCUGUAUUUGGCUGGCCCGAUAAUACAGCCGAUUUGGAAGCAUUCUAUCCUACCACACUGUUGGAGACUGGUCAUGAUAUUCUCUUCUUCUGGGUGGCACGCAUGGUGUUCUUUGGACAGAAGUUAUUGGGAAAACUACCGUUUAAGGAAGUUUAUUUGCAUCCCAUGGUUCGUGAUGCUCAUGGUCGUAAAAUGUCCAAAUCUUUGGGUAAUGUCAUCGAUCCCAUGGAUGUUAUCAAGGGCAUUUGCCUUGAAGGCUUGCAUGCCCAGCUGGUAAACUCGAAUUUGGAUCCCCGCGAGAUCGAAAAAGCCAAGGCUGGUCAGAAGCAGGAUUACCCCAAUGGUAUUCCAGAGUGUGGUUCGGAUGCUCUACGUUUUGCCUUGUGCGCCUACAUCACACAAGCACGUGACAUCAAUUUAGAUAUAAAUCGUGUCCAAGGCUAUCGUUUCUUUUGCAACAAGCUGUGGAAUGCCACCAAAUUUGCCCUUAUGUACUUUGCUGGCAAUGAAAAGUUUACAUCAAACUUCCAGCUGGAUGGCAGCGAAAAUAAUAUGGAUGCUUGGAUUUUGUCUCGCCUCUCAGCAGCCAUUGAAGCCUGCAAUAAUGGUUUUGAGCAAUACGAUUUUGCAGCGGCCACAAGUGCUUGUUACAGUUUUUGGCUUUACGAUUUGUGUGAUGUAUAUUUGGAGUGCCUCAAACCCAUUUUCCAAGCGGGUACCGAUGAUCAAAAAUCAGCUGCGCGUAAAGCCUUGUUUGCCUGCUUAGAUUUGGGACUUAAACUACUGUCACCUUUUAUGCCUUUCAUUACCGAGGAAUUGUACCAGAGAUUGCCGCGCGCUGACACCACACCAAGCAUAUGUGUGACCUCAUAUCCAGACAACACCUCAUGGCGCAGUGAGCAGGUUGAAAAAGAAGUAGAAUUUAUGCAGAAGGCAGCACGUGUCAUACGAUCUGCUCGCUCCGACUACAAUUUGCCCAACAAAACUAAAACGGAGGCCUACAUCGUGUGCACUGAUUCACAACCCAAUGACAUUCUUAAGAAAUAUGCCAGUGAUUUGGCCACCGUAUCGUAUUGCUCGAAAAUCGAGUUCGAUGCAACGCCACCAGCUGGCUGUGCAAUCCUCACCGUUUCCGGACAAUGCGAAGUGCAUUUACUACUUAAGGGGCUGAUUGAGGCCGAUAAAGAGAUAACAAAAUUGCAAAAGAAACAAGCACAGCUGGAGCAGACUGUAGCCAAACUGAAACAGGCUAUGGCUGCAAGUGAUUACACCACAAAGGUGCCUGCGGAAGUGCAGACAGCAAACACUGAAAAAUUAGAACAAUCUGAGAGUGAAAUACAACGAAUCGUACAGGCAAUGGAAACUUUGAAACUAAUGUAAAUCGUUGGCAAGAAGUGCGAAUAUUUGAAAGUUUUACGCUGACUCAUAAUGAAACUUGUAAUUCAUUCUAAUUGCAUUUGCUCUCCUCCUCUGUCCUUCUUUGUAUUUUUCUUCUUAUUUAUAUGUUUCAAUUAUGAUUUUAUUUUAAUUUAACCCUAUUGUAUUUAUAUGUACUAGGAAAAAUGAGCGCUUGAAAAAGUCAAACUUAAUGUGCUGCUUAUUUGUUUUUAUAAAAAAAUAAAUGCAUGCCGUCAGAAUAUAAUAUAAUGUGAUGGCACAUGAAUAGCUUUGAAAGCCCAUUACUACCCAGAGAA